CUCGAUGGCCGCCGACAGAAGACUAUGAGGAGGAGGAAGUGCCGGUUUGACAGCUCCCUCUUUCCCUCUCGUACAAUGAAUGAAGCGAGGUCUGAGCCGCCGGCCAUGCACUGAGCGAGCGGCGCCACAAUUCCCGCAUAGUCCCCGAACAUGUCAUUUUUUAGGCGAAAAGGUAAAGCCAAAGGGGAAAAAGAGAAACUCCCAGAGCCACAAACCAACAAAGGCCCAGCCACCAGUCCUGUUGCAACCCCAUCACCAAGCAGGAACAAUGCACUUCUGGAAGCUGCAGGACCAAGCUAUGUGGCAAUCAAUGCCAUCUCUGCCAACAUGGACUCUUUUGCACGUGGCAGAACAGCAGUUCUCAAUCAACAACCAAUUCAUAUGGAAGCUGCUCAUUUUGGAGACUUAGGUCAUUCUUGCCUGAAUUAUAAAGCUGAAGAGAUUAACUCCAGACUCUCAAAGACUCUUGAACAAGUUCUGCAGGACAGCACUGCUCUCCCAUAUAUCAUCCAGUUCAUGGAGAUGCAAGGAGUUGGACAUUUGGUUAAAUUCUGGUUGGAAGCUGAAAGUUUCCGCUCCACAAGCUGGUCUCGCAUCAGAGCCCACAGCCUGAACACAGUAAAGCAUAGCUCUUUAGCAGAACCUGCAUCCCCUGCAAAUAGACAGUGUGAUGUUGAUGUGCCGGUAUCGCUUGACUCCUCUGUAUCUCCUGAGCUGGAGGUAAAGGGUAAUCCAGUUUCUAGUAAUAAUAAACUUAAUGUCUCAGACUCCACAAGCCUGGACUGCACUGGACAAAACAAAACCUCUCCAAAUCACUCGUUAAAUCAGGGUGGCAGAGAUUUGAAUCCAUUGAAUGACGGGGCAUCAAGAGCAAUAACUACUCAGACAGGACCCGCGAGUCAAGAAUCUCUAAAACCUGUGUUGAAAGGAAAUGCACAGCAAACCGGGCUGAAAGGCCUAUCGGGCAAAUUGAUGAAAAGUAUAGAGCGUGAUGCAGUUAAUAUAUUUACUAAAUACAUUUCACCAGAUGCUUCUAGACCAAUUCCAAUUAUGGAAGCAAUGAGAAAUGAUAUAGUAGCUAAGAUAUGUGGAGAAGAUGGACAAGCAGAUCCCAACUGUUUUGUCUCUGCACAAGCUGUAGUGUAUGUUAUGAUGGAAAAAGAGCACUUUACGGAAUUUUUACGGAGUCAUCAUUUUUGUAAAUACCAAAUUGAAGUGUUGACUAGUGGCGUUGUUUACCUGGCUGAUAUUCUUUUCAAUGAGUCGGCACUCUUCUAUUUCUCAGAGUACAUGGAGAAAGAAGAAGCUGUAAAUAUCCUGCAGUUUUGGUUGGCUGCAGACAACUUCCAAGCUCAACUGGCUGCUAAAAGUGGGCAGUACGAUGGUCAAGAAGCACAGAAUGAUGCCAUGAUCUUGUAUGAUAAGUACUUUUCCUUGCAAGCUACACACCCUCUAGGAUUUGAUGAUUCUGUCCGAUUAGAAAUAGAAUCAAAUAUCUGCAGAGAAGGAGGACCUCUCCCUGACUGUUUCACCACUCCAUUAAGGCAAGCAUGGACAACAAUGGAAAAAGUUUACUUACCCGGUUUCUUGUCUAGUAACUUGUACUACAAGUACUUGAAUGAUCUCAUCCAUUCGGUACGAAAUGAUGAAUUUACUGGAGUCUACACUCCCUUUCUUGGCCAAGGACCAAAUAGCCCUCAUGAACAAGAACCCAGCACAGGCUUCUCUGAUGGUAAUGCAGCACAGCAUGGCACCAGAAAAGCCACAGUAAAAAUCCUGAAAAACUUUGAUGAAGCAAUUGUUGUUGAUGCUGCAAGUCUUGAGCCAGAAUCUUUAUAUCACAGGACUUUUGCAGGGAGAAUGACAUUUGGGAAGAUAAAUGAACUUGGCCAGUUUAUAAGAGAGUCUGAACCAGAGCCUGAUGUUAAAAAAUCAAAAGGUUCCAUGUUUUCGCAGGCCAUGAAGAAAUGGGUACAAGGGAGCACAGAUGAGGCACAGGAAGAGAUGGCAUGGCGGAUUGCCAAGAUGAUUGUCAAUGAUGUUGUACAACAAGCACAAAGUGAGCCACUUAUUGCAAAAUCCACAAAGUGGACCAGAAUGUAAAGGAAACAUUUAUGUGUCUCAGCUAUGACUAAAAGGAAGAAGAAUUGGUUUCUGUACACUCCUUGUCAAACAGCUUCACUUCACAUCCAGCAGAAGCCACCUCCUUCCUGUUAACGCAGCCAUGAAAUGACACUGUACACAGUCUGAUACUACUCCGUUGUUUGUAUGAAGAAAACUAUGCAUUCCAGGAUCGCCAGCCUCCAGUUUCAACAACCUUAAUAUCAGUCAGGGCUCUUCGAAGGGUUUUUCUUGUGAAGUUGCUGCAUUGAGUUGCAGAUCAAAGGAUUACAACGCACUAUUUUCUUUUCUGGGUUCUGGGUGUAUAGUUUGAGAGAAUUUGAAGUGACUAUUAUAAUAGAGCUUUGCUGUGUUCUAAAUGGCACCCCAUUGGUUUGUUGCAGUCUGUUUUAUUGUCAAGCCCUUAGAUACCUUCAGGAUUUUCGUUCAAAAAAAAAAUCGGCAGAGUAGAGAAAGAACAAACUGCGAUUUUUGUUUUGUAAAGAUUUUGGAAAUUCUCUCAUGUUUCUAGCUGAUAUCUGAUAAAUGGAGAUAUUUACUCAGAUGCUACCUAAUUGUAUUGAGAUUGAGUAUUAUCACAAACAGGCAAACAAAGGCUGUGUGUAGGUUUUUGGUACUAUGUACCAUUUCUAUGUUUUCGGAUGCAUAAGUAUUCAUGUACUUAAUCUAAAAUCAUACCUAUUUAAUUGUGUUUGAUUUAAAAUACAUAUAUUAUUGAGAA